UAAAAACCCAAAACAACACUAGCUGUAUACUUCCCUCUGUGUCUGUACUGCACUGAGCCUGCAGCAGCACCCAGAAGUGAACAAAGCGACCCGGAAGCGGUGGUCCGACUGGAAGCAGGCAGAAAGAACAUCAACCUUUUAUAUUAUAGCUGUAGCCUUCUCGCAAGACAAUAUCUGCAACCGGGACACCAGGUAUUUGUGCAUGAUGGCAGAGCCUCGAUUUAACAACGCGUAUUUCUGGCCGCCACCUCCAUCCAUGCCAGGCCAGCUGGAUAACCUGGUGCUCAUUAACAAGAUCAAGGAGCAGCUGAUGGCCGAGAAGAUCCGACCCCUGCACCUGCCGCCUACGUCUACCCCAUCCCAGCAGUCUUUGCUGCAGCCCACCUCGUCCCCGGACGGCAGCGCUCAGCACAUCAUGUCGCUGCCUAAGCUCCAGUCGCAGCAGGUGCAGGGCCACCACCCGCAGCAGCAGGGCUCCGGACAACCGGACAUUGCUCUACACGCUCGCCCCGCCUCCAGCUCUGGGCCAGAUGGAAAUAUGGACGACAAGUCAGCAGUGAAGGCCAAAGGAUUGUGGGAAGACUGGCACAUGAGACAGCUCAGCGAGCAACAGAACCGGCUCAACCAUCGCUCAGGUCUGGCUCCUUCAUCCCGACCCGACAGUCACAGCACCUCAGAGGCCCUGACCCCCACGACUCCAACCUCCAGCAGCCUGAACCGCUUGGGCGGCGCCCCCUCUAUGAACAUCAUCUCUGGGCUGGCCAGCGGUCCUGGCAUGGACCACAUGAAAAUCGGCGGCCUGGCCGGCCUGUUGGGCCCCCCGCCCAAGGCGCCCCGUGGACGGAAGAAGAUCAAAGCUGAAAACCAGACUGGUCCUCUGCUGGUGGUGCCCUACCCUAUCCUAGCUGACCAAGGCUGUCUCACUUUGGCACCCAAAGAGGGCAAAAUCUACAGAUGUAAAGUGUGCCCGCUCACCUUCCUAUCAAAGUCAGAGAUGCAGAUGCACUCCAAGACCCACACGGAGGCCAAACCACACAAGUGUCCCCACUGCUCCAAGACGUUUGCCAACGCCUCCUACCUGUCCCAGCACCUGCGCAUCCACCUGGGGAUCAAACCCUACCACUGCUCCUACUGCGAAAACUCCUUCCGUCAGCUGUCACACCUGCAGCAGCACACCAGAAUCCACACUGGCGAUAGGCCUUAUAAAUGUGCUCACCCUGGAUGUGAAAAGGCUUUUACCCAGCUGUCUAACCUCCAGUCUCACCAGAGGCAGCACAACAAAGACAAGCCGUAUAAAUGUCCUAACUGCUACCGUGCCUACUCCGACUCGGCAUCGUUGCAGAUCCACUUAUCAGCGCACGCCAUCAAAAACGCUAAGGCCUACUGCUGUAGCAUGUGUGGCCGGGCAUACACCUCAGAGACCUACCUUAUGAAGCACAUGUCCAAACACACAGUGGUGGAGCACCUAGUGAGCCACCAGUCGCCUCAGAGGACCGAGUCGCCCAGCAUCCCCAUACGCAUCUCCCUCAUCUGAGCUCCCAGACGCUCAGCGGCAGGUCGGAUUCAAAGUCUAUGUUAGGCUGGAGCUUAUGAGGCCCUGCACCCACCGCCAUCUACAUAAGGCUUACAUUAGCAUUAUGACAGCUGACAUAAGCAUUCAGUGCUAGAUUCAGGCUGCCUCCAUCCAUCUUGACACAGGCCGUCUUGUCAAAAUGAGCACAGCGUUAUUUUGUGAAUGUAAAAAUACAGCUAGAUGUUGCCCCGGGAGGAUCGAGUGGCAAAGAAUGUCUUGCGUCAGAUUUAAUAAGCACUUUCGUAAGCGUCAUGUAAACUGCCGGAUGCAUUGGCCAUCAGAAAUGUUUUAGUUCGAUUUGUUUUUAUUUUUUUCCUCUUCCAUGAAAUGGGUUUCAAAAAUGUGCCAGAUGAUAUUUGCCCUUAUAAAGAAUUGAGAAAAUGUUUGCUGGGUGUAUUCUGGAGACAUCCAAAGAUAAUCUUAAAGCACUUUUAGGCCUUGUGGUUUUGGCUCAAAUUGUUUCAAUCUUGUUGGAUGGGAAAUGCCAAAGGGCAUUACUUGUGGCAGCUAAGAGUCCUGUCUAUGUAUAAAUAAACAGUCUUUUUCUAUUGCUUUUUUUGUUUUUACAAAAAAAAAGUACACAUUUACAGGGUCAUCUAAAUUUGAAGAAAGGCAAUCGCUAGAUGACAAUUUAAACAUUUAAUGAUUGUAUUAAGAAGUUGCAUUAUUGACUUGGGAAGAGAAAACGAAGAGCAACCAGGAAGGGAAGAAGGAUGAAUGUUUUCUUUUUUUCUUUCACUCCAUAUUUGACAUUCACUUUUACGGCACCUUUAUGAUCAUAACAUGUGAUCAAAGAAAACACUGUUUGUGACAUUAGAUUUUCCUGAGGUCCCAUCAACUUGUGCCAUAUAUAUGAACCUUGUUUAGGUUUUAAGAGAAAGCAAAUCUUGCCACAGCUUGUCUGCUUUUCUCUAGUCAGUUAAGCUUUGACUAUUAGAAGUAUUAGGAGUUGAAUGCAUUGCACAUGUAUCCGUGCCAGCUCUAAUCUACUCAUCCCUUCUUUGAAACACACUUCAGCUAAAAUGAAUUCUCUUACCCACGGUGGUAAAUUUUAAACCCAAACAUUGGACCAAAAUGUGAAGUUAUGUACAGGCUCCUCUGACCCAGUUAAGUAUUUUUUAAACCUUAAUAAGCUUUACCCAUUUGAAAUAAACUGCAGUGCAAGUCAUAUUCCAUAGGCCUAUGUUAUGAGUUUGUGUGGAGGUGAUGCUUCUCCUUUUUGAAUUAUUUUUCUCCUUUGUAUUCUUUUUAUUGUACACAGUAUUGUUUGUUGUAUUGUUACUGUAACUUUAACCUCUGGAUGGUACUAAUAGAGUACCCUGUAUUCUUCAGGGCACUUCAGAACAGGUGCUACGGCUAGACGUUGCGUUUGAGAUGGAACGGAGAACGAUGUAAAAUACAUAUACAGUAUAUAGUAUGUUUUCAAAAGAAUAAAAAACGUAUUACUCAAGCCACUGGCCUGAAAACAGACAUUUA